UUCAAUAUAUCAAUAUAUCAAUAUAUAGUGAUGAAACGCGAUGAAUGUUUACAUUUCGGAUAUUUUUGCUUGAAUUUUUCCAUGUGUAUGGGUGGCCGCCCAUUUUCUGUCAUCUAGUCAAGUGGUGGUGAUAAUACCAUAUGGAUUAUCCCAUUGUUCACAGUGGAUGAAGUCUUGAAUUCAUUCGAAAAAUUAUCAAAUCAUAAUGUUUGUCGUUCAGCUAGUUUGUCGUUUAUCAUUAUUGUUGUUUAUUGUUUCCCAUCGAUUUAAAUUGAUCUCAUCGAUAGAUUCAUAUCAUGAUGAAACAUCGGCAGCAACAACAAACUUGGAUGAAUAUCUUUUACCCACCAUUCAAAUUGUGAUAUUAAUCCAUCCGUAUAAUAAAGCUCAAUUCUUGCCAUAUUGUCUUGGUGCUAUUGAAUCGCAGAAAUAUUCUAAAAAUCGUAUCAGAAUCAAAUUGAUUACUGAAAGAAUAUUCUAUGAAGAAUCGAAUGAUCCAUUAUAUCGGGAGCCUGACGAUAUCGAUGUCAUAUUGGAUGAACGUAUCCGAGUGAAUGAACAAACAAUUCGAAUGAUGAAAAGAUGGUCUCGUGCAAAUGAAGACCAUUAUAAUGAUAUUGAAUUAUCAAUUAUCAAUGUUCGAUUACCAAUGGAUUCAAUCAAUUCAUUGAACUAUUGGAAUAAAGAUCAUUAUAGUCGUUUGAUUGAUUAUAAAAAUUAUGAAUUAUAUCAAUCAUUUUUAAUAUGGGCUGAUUGGCUCAUUUUCUUGGAUUCGGAUGUUAUUCUCACGAAUCCAAUGGUGUUUCAUAAUCUUACCGCCAUAUCGGAUCAGGAGGUGGUUAUUGCACCGAUGCUUAAAUCAUUUAAUACAUAUUCCAAUUUUUGGGCUGGAAUGGAUGACACUGGUUAUUAUAUUCGUUCAGACGAUUAUCUACCAAUAUUGGAACGUAAACAACGUGGAAAAUUUUCUGUUCCUAUGAUACAUAGUUGUUUAUUUAUUAAUUUACGCAAAACAGCAUCACGUUCAUUGACAUUCGAUCCGUUAGAAAUACAACAGCUAAUCGACACAAUGCAACCAGCCCAUUCAUGGAAAAUUCCCUAUGAUGAUAUAAUCGCAUUUGCCAAAUCAGCUACAUUGAAUGGAAUCAAGCUUUAUGUAGAUAAUAAUGAGAUUUGGGGCUGGAUACCAUUGCCCAUUGUUGAGGAUAAAUAUUCAUUCGAACAAACACGGCAAACAUUGAUUGAUUUAGAGCUAGAAUCCUUGAUUGAAGGACCAUUGUUUCCAAUAUCAUCAUCAUUAGAACAAUUUGUUGAAAGUGACGAAAAUUACGAUACAUUAGGCGUGGAUCAAAUCUAUGUAAUAAAUCUAGCACGACGACCAGAACGACGAAAACGAAUGGAACAAUGUCUGAAUCUAUUGGGUAUACGAGCAAAAUUUAAAAUGGCUACCGAUGGUAAAGAAUUGAAUGAAGAAUUUCUACAAAAACAUGGAAUACAUACCUUGGAUGGUUAUGUUGAUCCAUAUCAUAAACGGCCAAUAACAUUCGGUGAGAUUGGCUGUUUUCUUUCCCAUUAUCGUGUCUGGGAAGAAGCUUCAAGAGAAAAUUAUUCCAAAAUAAUUGUACUUGAAGAUGAUGUUCGUUUUGAUUGGAAUUUUCGUUCACAGUGGUCACAGAUUUUCAAUCGUUUCGAAACAUUAUCAAAUCAAUAUGAUUUUCUUUAUUUAGGACGAAAACUAAAUGAUGGCCAAUAUGAUAAAGAAGAAAUUAUUGACGAAUUAUUUGUGAGACCAAGAUAUUCAUAUUGGACAAUUGGUUAUCUAUUAACCCGAAAUGGUAUUGAAAAAUUAUUACAAGCAAAUCCAUUGAAUCGUAUGAUACCGGUUGAUGAAUUUUUACCACUUAUGUAUGGUGCACAUAUUAAUGAAACAUUAAUGGAAAUGUUUUUUCAUCAACAUAUGAAUAAUGAUGAUAAAUUACAAGCAUUAAGCUUAAGACAUUUAAUUAUUUCACCAACACAUUAUGUUGGUGAUCCAUUAUAUAUAAGCGAUACAGAACAGUCAAAUAAAUUGGAUAAUAAUAUCGAUCAUCAUCCAAUAAUAAUGGAUAAUAAAAAUUCAUUACCAAUCAAUGUUGUUGAGCAUGACCACGACGAAAUAAUUGAAUGGAAUAAUAAUAAUGAUCAUGAUCAUGAUGGUAAUCAUGGACGAUGGAUGAAUAUACAGCCACCACCACCACCAUCAUCAUCGGAUGAUAAUGUUGGAAAAAUUCAACAUUUUGAUUUAUAAAAAUAGCUAUUAUUUUCUAGUCUUUUGAAUGAUUCUAAUCUGUCUGAUUUUCGUAAUAAAUAAAAGUUUUUUUUUCUUGUGAAAAGAUAUAUCUUUUCUUAAA